GGCUCAGAGUAACAGCGAGGCUCAGUCCUAAUAUCAGAAGCCGUUUUUUGUUUUUGUUUUUUCUUACUGGUAAAAUACCAAUACUGAUAAAAACAAAUAGCUUUUUUAUUUUUGUUUCAGCCUUCUUUUUUUUUUCAUCUUUCCGAGUUGCAGUAAGAGAGAAAAAGGGAAUAGAAUUUUUCACUUCUCUGUUGUUUUGUGAAAUUGUGUACUUUUCACCGCUCUCGUUAUUCUUCCAAUGCCCUCUGUCACAGCAGCAGGUUCACUUAGGAUCAGAAGAUGAACGCCACGGUGAACGCCUCCAAGGAGUGUGAUAGAGACACCAGUGUGACAUCUGUGAUAUUCCCAGUUCUAUACAGCAUUCUUUGUAUCGUAGCCCUUGUGCUGAACUCUUUAGCUGCGUGGAUCUUCUUCAGAAUUCCCAGCAGCACAACUUUCCUGGUCUUUUUAAAGAAUGUGGUGGUGGCCGACUUGUUGAUGACUCUUACCAUCCCUAUCAAAAUCUUGAGUGAUGCAGGAGUGGGUUUCUGGCAGCUGCGGGCCUUCCAUUGCAGAUUCUCUGCUGUUCUUUUCUACAUCACCAUGUACAUCAGCAUCUUAUUGCUGGGCCUCAUCAGCUUGGACCGCUACCUGAAGAUUGUAAAGCCCUUCGGAAAGUGUGCCCUGCAGAAGGUUCGGGUCGGCCAGAGGCUGAGUGCAGCAAUAUGGGUUGUAAUGCUAUCUCUGGCCCUGCCCAAUGUCAUUCUCAGCAACCAGCCCCCUAAACCCUCGGGGGGCAAACUGAAAUGCUCCUCCAUGAAGGGCGAAGCUGGCAAACUAUGGCAUGAGGGAUUUAACUACUUCUGCCAGGUCAUCUUUUGGGGCACGUUUGCCUUGAUGGUGUUUUGCUACACGUUCAUCAGCAAGAAGGUCUAUGAAUCAUACAAAACUUCAAAGAGCAAAUCUCAUGCUGCAAAUAGAAGAACCAAAGCCAAAGUCUUUGUGGUGGUGGGGGUAUUUUUCGUCUGCUUCGCCCCUUUCCAUUUUGUACGAGUACCGUAUACACUGACUCAAACCCGAGACGGCGGUGACUGCCGAGCAAAGAAAGCGAUCUACAUUGCCAAGGAAACCACACUGUGGCUGUCUGCAACUAAUGUCUGCCUUGACCCGCUUAUUUACGUCUUCCUGUGCAGAGUGUUCAGGAAGAGACUCAUGACCACAUUCUGCAAAGACACCCAGGAGUCUUCCAAAUCCUCACUAACGCACAUGGAGAUGUCACCAAUGGACCACACUACCAGACUGUCGCACAAUGACACAUCCCUCAUCAAUCAAUGCACAUCAGCCUCAAGUUUCAACUGCUGAUGUCUUUCAUACCUGGACGACUGUCUAGUGUUGUCGUAUGUGGCAGUACGUUUUAUUAGAAAUCCUGCACAAACUCUUAAAAUAAGCAGACUGUGAAUGGACUCGGACAAUUCGGAUGUGCCAGUAAUUUCAGCAUCUGUUAUUUCAGCGAAUAUCAUGCAAAAAUGUUUUUUGCUUACUCAUUCGCACAUUUCCUUAACAAAGCUUACUGUCAAUUUCUGCAUCCUGUGGUUUAAUCUUGCUCAAACUGCACUUUAGCUUAGUUAUAAGUGACCCAGUUCUGCAUGUUUGCAGUGCUGUUUUAGUUUCAUGUGCCUUUUGUGUGGUUGUAAUGUAUACUGUAAAUUUGAUCACAAAUAAUAACAACAUUAUGGAGGGAUUGGUACCUUUUUUUUUUAGGAUUGUUGUUCCAUUCUACCACAGAAAUGUUCCAAAUGCAGAAAAUUGUAGAUUCUAAGUCGUAUUCUGAAGUACUUUUCAAUCACCACACAUAAUUUCUGUUAUUACAAAUAAAAUCUAUUUUACUUUUUACUGCUAUGUUUCACAGUAAAAGGUUGUAAUAAUUCAAGACAACUCAUAGCGGUUGUAUUUACAAACUACCACAAGUGCUCUGAAAAGAUUACCACAAAAACUCUUCUGUUGGCAAAUUGAUCUUGACUGAUCUAUCUUUUAAAAAACUGUUUUCUUCUUUUCUUAUCACAUGGAAACAUGUAACAUUUGUAAAUAAAUAAUGAAAGUCAAGUAUUUCACUGACGAAAUGCUGUAAUUAGACUAAAUGCAAGUAGGCGUCAACAAAAUGUUGUACAGUAACAAUCGCACAAAUGUACUUUAAGCUUUUGUAAGAGUGUGGAAUGUAAGAAAGACUGAUAAUGUU